AUGUUUGUCGAGUACCGACGCCAGUUCGAGAGAUCCCUGCGGAAACCAGGCCAUUUAUCAGAUCUAUUGACAUACUGCGAACAAAAGUCUGGUCUUGAACGAAAUGUUAUAGCGUAUGGUUCUUUGGUUUUAUUAUUCAUUUAUGUCCUGAUUGGAUACGGUGCGGAGAUUCUGGUCCUUUUAGUGGGAUUCGUUUAUCCGGCUUAUCAAUCUGUAAAAGCGAUUGAAACACAACAGAAGGAGGACGAUACUCAGUGGCUGAUUUACUGGGUUGUAUUUGCGUUCGUCCAACUCGUUGAAGGAUGCACCUUUUCGCUGCUUACAUAUCUCCCCUUUUAUUUUAUACUAAAGGUAUGGAAGUUAAAUUCAUACUCACUUUCAUUCGUAUGUACAUUUGGUUCGGAAUUCCGAAAGAUAUCUUUCGGAACAUGA